AUGCAGGCCAGCACCCACCAACAGCAGUCGCCCCAGGCCUCGGCCUCGAUACCGACACGAAGGCGUGACAACAGCCGACAGCUGGCAGGCCGAAGCGAGUAUAAGGGCCCCUGGUCUGAGGAGGAGUGCAACAUCCUCUCGAGGAUCGUGCGCAGCUAUCUCAACGAGACGGAGCACAGCCCGCGACCGCACCGCAACGGCAACAGGUCUCAGAUCCCGUGGAGCGAGCUGUGCCUCGAGUACUCGCGCCAGAACCCCUCAAAGCCUCGCACGGCCAAGCAGUGCCGUGAGAAGUGGAAUGAGCAUCUCAAGUGGCCCUCUGAGUGCAAGAAGAAGUUCACCCCAUCCGAGUCGGCCUUCAUCUGCCACUGGGCCGAGAUGAACGAGAGGAAGUGGGCCGAGCUUGGUCGUAUCAUGAACCGGCCCGAGAACAUGAUCAAGAAUUACUACUACCAGGAGUCCAAGAAGGUGAAGAGAAAGCUGGAGGCCGCUACCGCCGCCGCCGCCGCUGCCCGUGUCACUCCCACUCCCUCCACUCCUGUGUCGCCACGGCCCCUGUCGGCCCAGCAGCAGCAGGCCCCCCAGCACCCCUUCGACCACAGCACGACUCCGGGCACGUACUACCCCCAGGAGUCGCACUCUCGUCGUCCUAGCACCACGUCUACUGGCUACCCCCCUUCGCUGGCGUCUGACCACGAGUCUAUUGUGGACUCACCACGCUCUGCCCACGACCGCCCUUACCCACAUGGACAGUUCCGGCUUCCCUCCUGGCCGGCCGAGAGCAAAGAUUCCUUCAUGGAUGAGGACACGGACUUCGGCGGACACAUCCGUUCCAGGUCUACAUCCUCUCAAGGCCACCUCUCCCACCUCAGCCAUGUUCCCCGUGCCGAGGAUCGCCGCCCACAGGCUCAUCAACCCGCGCAUCAGUCGUACGCAGCACAGCCCAUCACUCUCCCUUCACUUAGGGAAGUCUUUGGCCCCUCCUAUGGAGACAUGCUCGGCCGGCGGCUGCCGUCACCACAUCACUCCUUCGCCAUCCUGCCCAACCGGUCUCACUGA